AUGUCGUCGAGAAGAGCUGCCGCUGCCGCUGCUCAAAAGGGUAAAACUCUCUCCUCUCCAGCUUCUAUUGAAAUUACCGUUUCUGCCCUUGAUUCUAAAAUCACAGAGAACAAGAUCCCGACUCCAACCCAAUUCAACCAUUUGGUGAAUGAUCUAUUCAAUUCGAUUCGAGCCGGUGCUUUUGUGAGGUUAGAGGAUGCUGCGGGCCUCUUCAAUCGUAUGGUCCGCGCGCAGCCGCUGCCUUCAAUCCAGACAUUUAAUCGCCUGUUAACUACUAUUGCUAAAAUGAAACACUAUUCGACCGUGAUUUCUUUUCAUCGGGAGAUGAAUUGGUUAGGGAUCCCAUCUGAUAUCUAUACAUGGAGCAUUCUUCUCAAUUGUUCUUGCCGCUUGAAUGGGAUCGGUUCUGGUUUCACUGUUCUUAGCAACAUCCUGAAAUGUGGCCAUGAGCCGAAUGCUGCGACUCUGGCCACUUUUAUUAAGGGGUUUUGCAUGGAAGGACGGAUUGGGGAAGCGAGUAGUUUCUUUCUGAAGACGGUAGAAAUGGGAUAUCCUUAUGAUGUGGUGACGUUUGGGAUACUAAUCGAUGGUCUUUGCAAGUCGGGGAACAAUGCAAUGGCUCUUGGGUUGCUUCAGAAAAUGGAGAAGGGAGCGGGUAAAUGUAGUCCUAACCUUACGGUUUAUACCACUAUCAUUGACAGUCUAAGCAAAGAUGGGCUCACAAGCAAGGCGCUUAACCUCUUCUCAGAAAUGGUUGGUAAAGGGAUUCAGCCGGAUGUUUUCACUUACAAUUCUUUAAUUCAUGGACUAUGCAAUUUAGGGCAGUGGAAAGAAGCAAUGAGUCUGUUUGAGGAAAUGUCGAAUCGAGGAAUCUCACCCGAUGUGACAACCUUUAACAUACUGGUGAAUGCUCUUUGCAAAGAAGGAAUGGUUAAAGAAGCCCAUGGAUUACUAGAAUGGAUGACCCAGAGAGGUGUGGAGCCUGAUGUAAUCACAUACAGUGCAUUGAUGAAUGGCUACUGUUUUAUUGGCCAAAUGGAUGCUGCCUUAAAGAUAUUUGAUUACAUGGUGUGUAAAGGUCAUAAGCCUAGUGUCGUAACUUAUAGCAUGUUAAUCAACGGCUAUUGCAAGAAGCAGAUGGUAGACGAGGCUAUGUGGCUUUUCCGAGAAAUGCCUUGCAAGGGAUUGAAGCCCAAUGUUGUUACUUACAACACUCUUAUAGGUGGGCUAUACCGGGUACGGAGAAUUGUGGCUACACAAGAGCUCUUCGAUGAGAAGAAAGCUCAUGGACAAUGUCCGAAUCUCAUCACAUACACCAUUUUGAUGGAUGGGCUAUGUAAAAGUGAGCAUCCUGCCUCCACCAUGGGCUUGGGGAAUGAUGUUAGGACAUAUAACUCGUUAAUCAAUGGGCUCUGUAAAGAAGGGCUUUUGGAGGAAGCUAAUGGAUUGUUCUUGCAAAUGGAAGAGAAGGGUUUUCAACCAGACAGUUUCACCUUCAAUGCUUUAAUUAGGGGCUUUCUACAAAAGAAUGAGACCCUCAAGGCAAUGCAACUUCUUGGGGAAAUGGCUAAAAGACAUUUUUCUGUUGAUGCAUCCACCGCAACUAUGUUAGUGGGCUUGCUCGCAGAUGACGUAAAAGGUCAAGAAUACCUGGGAAUGCUUCAUAAAUUUGUACCCUAGAGGCGACAAAGAGGUGAUUUGGUGAAUUUCGAUUCAACAUCAACUCUCUCUCUCUCUCUCUCUCUCUCUCUCUCUCUCUCUCAAGCUGUAACGACCCAUACCAUAAUUGUAACAAUGGUAUCUGCUUUAACCAUUGUUACCGUUAGGGAAUACCUUGCUUGUAAGAGGUUGAUACACAUACAACUCCCCCCAUGUUCCUUUGAGUUUCCUGUAAUAUUCACCUAGUGAUUUAUCUCCUUGUUGGAAAGGAAAAGGCCUUUUCAAAUAAUUGGUGUGGAUUGAGUGAUGUUUUUAUUUUUAUUUUAUUUUUUAUGAAUACAUCUCUCAUGGAUAGAGCUAUACGUGAAUCGAUUUAGCUCAGUCAUCUCGCUCGACUCAACUAGGAAAAGCUCGAAAUUGGAUUCAAACCGAGUCGAGUUGGUUUUUAGAGCUCGAAAAAAAUUUCAAGUUGAGUUCAAGCUUGCCCGAGCUUGACUCGACUCAGAUCAAACCUCAACUCGAAUCGACUCGGAUUGAAUUGGCUUAAUGACUCGGUUAUUUUGAUAUUGA